GGCUUCUUUCUUUUCUCUCCCACUUGAAUCUUCAUCCUAAUUCGUCACCACCUCCGCCAUGGGUGACCGAUCGCCGCCGCGCCAGGUCCAAGUACACCACCAACAACAACGCCCCUCCCACCUCCAAGAACCCACUUGGAAGCUAACUGGUGGCCGCCACACGGACCAACAGCACCAAGGCCCCUCCGCCUCCAAAAUCCUCGCCGUCGUGACCCUUGUCCCCGUGGGUGGUACACUGCUGGGGCUGUCCGGGCUGACGUUGGCUGCCACGCUGUUCGGGCUGGCCGUGUCGACGCCAGUGUUCCUGCUGUUCAGCCCCGUGAUCGUGCCGGCUGCUGUGGCGAUAUGCCUGGCGAUCGCAGCGUUCAUGACGUCGGGGGUGUUCGGGCUGACGGCGUUGUCGUCGCUGUCGUGGGUGUACAGGUACAUACGGGGGGCGACGGGGACGGUGCCGGAGCAGAUGGACAUGGCGAAGAGGCGCAUGCAGGAGAUGGCUGGGUACGUAGGGCAGAAAACUAAGGAAGCUGGGCAAGAGGUUCAGAGUAGAGCACAAGAAGGAAGGAGAUCAACAACAGAACAGCGAACCUAAGACCAUGUUUGUGUGUGUGUGUGUGUGUGUGUGUGUGUGUCUGUGUCUUUGUCUGCUAAAUAAAAUGGUUUAAUUAAUGUUAGAAUUAUGCUCCUCUUUUA